AGCUCACCAGUCCUAAUUGGUUUUUGGGACGCGGGAGUGAGAACGCCUCUCCGCCUGGUGACAUCACCCAGCAGCGCGCCGCUCCGCUGCGCUCUCACUCACACAUUUAGUAGUUGGAGAACGGACCACGACAGCCUCUCCGUCCUUCCUGAGCACCGGCUGUGGGAAUAUUCACCUGUGCGCAGCCAGGACGCACCCAGGAGCGCUUCCAUUCGUCUAGUUCCGCCUUGAGGGCGCACAGAGGGACUCUUCAAACAACACGAUCAGCUGGACUCCUCGACCUUCCUGUUGCCAAACAAGUUUUUUUCUCUCCUCUUCCUUAUUUGAGUACAACGUCACUGAGUUUCACCUGAAGGCUUUGGCUGUUUUUCCCCUCAUACCGGGAGAGACUGCGCGCCUGGAUCAUAAUGGCGAGACAUGACGCCCAAAAUUGGCCCGAAAGCACAAAAAUGAUCGGACUCCUCUGCUUUGUCGCGUCGAUAAUCAGCCAGCACGGGAUCUUGGGUCAGCGAGUAAAAGUGGAUCCAGAGGUGACGUCAUAUCCUGGCCAGUCAGUCAACCUGCGUUGUUCCUUUUCCGACCCGACUGGAGUCCAGCUUUCAAUGGUCACAUGGAUCUACGAGUCAAAGGAUGGAGAGAGGAAAAAUAUAGCUGUUCUGCAUCCUUCGUUUGAUCCCAAUUACCCUGAUUCGCCGGUGAAGGGCAGAGUCAGUUUUCUAGCUAAAGAAAUGACCCGCCCUUCCAUCCAGAUAACUGAUCUGAGGAUGUCUGAUGAGGGGAAAUACAUCUGUGAAUAUGCAACUUACCCCAGUGGCAACGAGCAAGGGACCACUCAACUGGUCAUGCUGGCCAAACCUGUGAACUCGGCCUCCACUGUGAGCGUAGAGGCUGGCACGCAGACAGUCACGGUGGCCAAGUGCGAGUCUGCAAAUGGACUCCCCGCCGCCAAGAUAUCCUGGGUGACCACGGCCAAAGGCAACGAAACGACCACCACGAAGGCCGGGACCGACAACACUGUGACGGUGACCAGCGAGUAUCGCAUGGUUCCGACGUCGGCCGACAACGGGAAAGACAUCAGCUGCGUGGUGGCGCACAGGACCCUGGAAAAACCAGAAAGCUUCAAGAUGAAGCUGGCUGUUCUUUUUGCCCCUGAGGUGUCAAUAGCAGGGUACGAUAAUAAUUGGUAUAUAGGUCGCACAAGCACAGUACUCACCUGUCAGGCUACAGCAAACCCUGUUCCAACUUCUGUCCUCUGGAAAACCAUGUCAGGAGAGAUGCCAGACACGGUGCAGAUCUCGGGCAACCAGCUGAAGGUGCUGAAGGUUGAUGAGACCGUCAACACCACUUUUGUCUGCGAGGUCAAGAACCGCUUGGGGACCAGCAAGAGUCAGGUCACCAUUGUGGUCAGAGGAACCCCUCUCCCAGCUGAAGGCCCCACCACUGGCAGCAUCAUUGGAGCCAUCAUUGGAGUCAUUAUAAUCUUCGCAAUCAUUGGAACAGUCAUAGCAAUGUUCCGCAAACACAAGAAGAACGUCAUGAACGGAGAGGGUCCACCAAAGCACAAGCCCCCUCCCCCUAAGAAGACAAAUCCAUCAUCCCAGCAUGUGCCCGUGUUAUACUCCAGUGAGGCACAGGACAGGCUUCUGCAGAACCCAAACUACCCCAACCACCCCCCAGAACCAGUAACGGAUCUGGACUCCCAUCAAGACUACGACGACGAUCUUAGUGACUAUGGCGAUGAUGGCCAGAUGCCACAGCAUUACAAGUCUGCUGCUCCCUCGGGGUGGGACGAUCCUAACAACGACAACGUCCCGCCUCCUUACAUGACCAUCAAUCAUGACACCCCCGAGCACAGCGUCGGGCGUGGAGACAGCUUCAUAUCAUCUGAAAUGAUUGUUUGAGAGAUCAGGGGUUCUUGUGUUAAAUACAGUGGGCAUUGAUGUAGAGAAAACUUGGAAAUGUGCUUAGUCAGCAGUUUCUUUAUUAUACAAAUCAGGUCAAAAUGAACAUUUAUUCAUCAACUUGAGCCAGCAUGGAGCACAAUGUUCAUUCAAAGUAGUCUGCACAGUUGUAGCAUAGAAACCAAUGAAAUCUGCUUUUGAAAUGUACAUAGAUCAUAGAUGUUUUUAAAUACUUUUGUUGAAUUUUGCACCAUAAACGGGUCAUCAAAUCCACUGAAAUGCACCAGGAGGAAACACUCAUCAGCCCGGGUUUACAUUACUUCACGUGGAGCUCUCUUUUAACUGCUGGAGUAACUGAUGAUAUUAGGUCAGAAGAGAAAACACCUGUGUUAUAUCAGGUCUUUAGUUAUUCCUGCUUCGUUUCCAAACCCAGCUGGCGUGAGGUUGGUCUGAACGCAGGCGCCCUGUGGAGACGCUAUUAGCUGCAGUUAAUCAGGCGGCACAGAGAUGAGAGCUACAGACCAUGACGACAUGAAGCUUUUAAAUCGCAGUCUGGAGCAAGUUAACUGUUGAAUUACAACAGCCUGUUUUUGUUUUUUUUGUUUUACUCAAGCUGCUUCCUCCUUAUUUUAAUCUUUUUUUUGUAUGAAAACGUAGCUCCUCCUCUGACCGAAACAACAAAAGAACAUCUCAGCAUUGGUUCAUUUAUGUUAUUUUUACUAUUUAAAAGACAAAUUUCUGUUUUUGCAUUUUUAGUUAGUCAAACAGUAGCAGACAAAAAGUUUGUAAUUCUAGUUUAUUGUGAAGUUUAAAGGUACAGAUAAACCAAUUAUUUUUCUUGAGAAUAUUCUCUGAUUUUAAAGGGAUUUUUACAUGUUGGUGCCAAACAGCUUUAAUUUGUAUCUUUUUCUUGGCAAUGGAGGAUUAUUAUCUUUCGUUUUUUUACAUGACAUUUUAAUUCAUUUAAUUAGAAUUGUAUUUUUUAAUUGAUUGAUUGAUUCAAUACAAAUGUUCAAAUGUGAUUCAAAUAAAAUCAUUUGUCAACUUUCA